AUUCAAAGCUGACGUUACUUUGAUUAGUCACGGACUGCAAUGGCACUGACUUCUGCUGCUGGACUUGUUUCUCUUUUGGACGACAAGGGUUCUGAUGUCAAAGCAUUUGCUCUAAAACGUCUCUAUGAUAUGGUUGACGAGUUUUGGGCUGAAAUCUCAGAAGCAGUAAUGAAAAUUGAAAUACUUCAUGAAGACUCUAAUUUUGAAUAUAACAAACUUGCUGCUUUACUUGUGUCCAAAGUUUAUUAUCAUCUAGCUGUCUAUGAUGAUGCACUUCACUAUGCUUUAUGCGCUGAAGAGCUUUUCGAUCUAAACGCGAAUACCGAAUUUGUGGAAACCAUUAUUGCUAAAUGUAUUGAUAAGUAUACCGCUCUUCGAACUGCUCAAGAUCAGCUUGUGGAUUCGUCCGGUUCCGUUGUAACAGAAUAUUCAGACGACAGUACUUGGUCUGUUACUAGUCCAACAUACAAAAGACUAGAACACGUUGUCAACCAAAUGUUUGACCGUUGCUUUGAUCACAAACAGUAUAAACAAGCCCUGGGGAUAGCUAUUGAAACUCGGAGGUUGGACAUAUUUGAGAAGGCGAUAAUUUCGUCGGAUGAUCAAGAGGGCAUGCUUCGCUAUGCUUUUCGUGUUGUGCUCACUUUAAUCGACAGUGUACGCCUGAGAAACCGUCUUCUUAAAAUCUUAGUUUCUGUUUAUAUGAACCGAGCUCUUCCCUCCGAUGCUGUAAAUGUUUGUCAAUGCUUAGUACUAAUGGAUGACCCACAGGCCACAGCAGAUACUCUGGAACACUUGUUACUACAAUCACAAGAGGCAGCCGUAACAGCAUAUCAAAUAGGUUUUGAUUUGUAUGAAAAUGCAACCCAGAACUUUCUUCAACGUGUUUCAGCCUCUCUUGCCCAGAGCUCAAAGUUGAGUCAUGUAAUGAGCUUAAUUGAACGUGAUAAAAACGCUGCAAAAAGUUCAAAAACGCCGGAGGGUUCAGCUUGUACCACCGUUGAAACUACAGACGGCGAUAAAAAUAAAUCAGACAACAAGGAAGCAGAAGAAGCAGUGGAAACUGCAUUAGCUAGUGAAACAAACAAAGAGGCUGAAAUACCUGCAGAUGAACCGCUGUCAGAAUUAGAUAAAGAAAUUAAAAAUCGUCUUAUUCACUUGGUCAGUAUUUUAUCAGGAGAUAAAGUAAUUGAAUUGCACCUCCAAUUUUUGAUACGAAAUAACAAAGCUGACCUUCGACUACUUGAACGCAUACGUGAUGAGGUACGACAUUCGGUGACGCAUAAUGCUACAGUUAUUGCAAAUGGUAUUAUGCAUUGUGGAACAACAUCAGAUCAGUUUUUAAGGGAUCAUUUAAAUUGGUUAGGAAAAGCUGUAAAUUGGGCUAAAUUUACUGCUACUGCUACUCUUGGGGUUAUACACAAAGGUCAUGAAAAAGAGGCUUUACGUCUUAUGUCUGCCUACUUGCCCAAAGAUGCAAGCGGUUCAUCCGGUUCCGUGUACACUGAAGGUGGUGGUUUGUUUGCUCUAGGUUUGAUUCAUGCUAAUCAUGGUGGAACGAUGACAGAAUAUUUGCUCAAUCAAUGCAAGGAGGCUACUGCAGAACCUGUCAGGCAUGGUGCAUGUUUAGGCCUUGGUUUAGCUGCUAUGGGGACCGGUAGAGAGGACGUUUAUGAUCAAAUUAAACUUAAUCUUUAUCAAGAUGAUGCAAUUACAGGUGAAGCAGCGGGUAUUGGUAUUGGUUUGGUCAUGUUAGGAACUGGGUCAACACGAGCUAUUGAAGAUCUACUUGGUUAUGCUAAAGAAACAGCACAUGAGAAGAUUAUACGUGGCGUUGCUUUAGGCAUUGCACUUGUCAUGUACGGUCGAGUUGAAGAAGCUGACGAACUUAUUGAUAAUCUAAUUAUUGAUAAUGAUCCCAUUUUACGUUGGUCUGGUAUGGCAACAAUUGCAAUGGCUUACUGUGGGACUGGUAAUAAUCAGGCAGUGAAACGUUUACUCCACGCUGCAGUCAGUGACACCAAUGAUGACGUCCGACGAUGGGCUGUUACAGCUCUUGGUUUCGUUCUAUUCAAAAAUCCUGAGCAGGUCCCAUCACUAGUGUCCUUACUCGUUGAAUCCUACCAUCCUCAUUUGCGAUAUGGUGCUGCUAUGGCUGUAGGAAUAGCCUGCGCGGGAACAGCCCUUAAAGAAGCUGUUAGUUUAUUAGAAACUUUACAUGAAGGAACAGUGCCAUUUGUUCGCCAAGGUGCCUUAAUUGCUAAUGCAAUGGUAUUAAUUCAGCAGAAUGCGGUUACCUCCCCAAAGUCUGUGGAUUUCCGUCAGAAAUUGUUGAAAAUUAUUGGAGAUCGUCAUGAAGAUUUAUUAGCCAAAUUCGGUGCUAUCAUAGCAUGUGGUAUUUUAGAUGCAGGUGGAUGUAAUAUGACUAUUUCAUUGCAAACACGUACGGGCAAUGCAAAUAUGGCAGCGGCUGUCGGUCUUUUAAUCUUUCAGAAUUUCUGGUUUUGGCAUCCAUUAACCAAUUUUAUCAGCUUAGCAUUUACACCAACUGCAUUAAUAGCAUUGAAUAAAGAUUUGAAUAUGCCAAAGAUACAGUUUCGUUCAAAUGCUAAACCGUCGACUUUUGCUUAUCCUCAACCAUUGCAACAGGAAAAAGAAAAGAAACGUGAAAAAGUAGAGACAGCUAUUUUAAGUAUCACAGCUAAACAACGUAAAAAGGAGGCUGAUAGAAAACAACACAAAGAACAACAACAGUUGACAACCACCGGUGGAGCACAAACUCGCAAAGAUUCUCAAACUAAAGAAGUUAAGAUGGAUAUGUAAGAUUUUAUUGCAUUAAUGAUUUUGACAAUAUUCUCAGUUUAUUAUCAUAGAUAAAUCAAUCCUGGAAAAGUCUUUUCUUCCAACUGAUAAAAUUUGAAUGGCUUAAAUGGUGAUAUGUGGUAGUAGUAUUCUUUCUGCACAAACUUAAUUACUUAUUGUUUACCCAAUAAUUUUUAGCGACAAAUUACCACAACCAAAAACAAACCACAUUCGUAGAUAUUUCAACGAUUAAAAUUAAGUAGUUCUGUCGUUUCAUAGGGCAAUUUAAUUCUAAUUUAUUAAAUAAAAGUAAUCAAAGUUUAUUAUUUGAAUAUAGGUUUCGUUACGAACUGACAUCAGAUGAAAAACCAACUUUCAUAAUACAAUUUAUUGUAUUCAACCUCAUUGUAAAUAUAUUUCCUUUUGCUUUGUGGGGGUACAUUUAAAUUAAGGAAUGAUACAUUUCAGGCAACGGGCUAAUUAUCAUUAUUAUUGAACUCAAAAUCAAUUGUUUACACAAAUACUUAUGUUAAUGUUUCUAAAGUUUUAAUCUAUUAGUCGUCGGUUGAUCAGUAAUUUAAAUAUUCAAGUUAAUUUAACUGUUCUGUUUAAAAACAGAGAUACUCCACUAGAAACUGUCAAAGAAGAAAAACCUUCAGGAUCAUCAACUGAAACAAAAGAAGAGAAAGUGAGUAAAAUCUUAUUAUUUAUUAGUAUCUGAUUUUGAGCAAACGGUUUGCUUAGAGAAAUGGGUUGUUAUUGAUAUAAUGUGUGGAACUUAGCAUAUAUAUCAGUUCAAGUUGCCAUACCACAUAGACACACCUAUAUGAAACUAUUAAAAUGAAUGCAGUAGUAAUAGAAGUGGUCACAGUGUAAUUAGUUCUAUCAAAGAUUAGGCAUAGAUAAUAGGAUUCAAGAAGAAAGAAUGGAUUAACGGAAUAAAAAGUAUAAGUAUUUCAAGACAGAAUGAAUGAUUAUGCACCUUUAUGAUCAAUUCUGAGCUAUGCCAUGCGACAUUUCCAACUAAUAGUUACGAUAAUUGUUCAAAUCCUAACAACGUAGUUGCCACGUUUGGAGAGAUUACGAUUUACCUAAAUCAGCAAACAAAACAAAAGUCAGCAACACGACAACAGGACGAGCUAAACUACUCACUGCUCUCCGGCCCUGCUAAGACCAGAUUCAUCCGAGGGAAGGGUAUGUUUCACAAACAGUCGGGAGCACGAACGAACAGACAUACGACUCAAUCGUAUGUAUACAGUAUAAAAAUGUUCUUGGGAAACGUCACAAAAUAGUCUAUUAAAAUAGGAAAUCAAUGACACUUAAGGUCCUUCUAAGUGUAAAAUACAACCUGAAUGUAAAAAUGGAUGCUCUUGGCGCAGAAAUGUGGAAUUCAAGUUUUCAAAAUAAAAUUACAAAAAUAAGAAGUUUAUAAAGUGGUUUCUUGGGGUUUAGAAUCCCUAACAUUAGUAUUCACCUACCUCUACGAGUUCAACAGCCAAUAACUUUCUGAACUGAUUCCAAGUUUUGAUUUUUCUUUCCCUAGCUUUCUUCCAACGUACUCCUUAAAUAAGCAAAUAUCACGCGUCCUGGUAGACGUUGGUCAGGGAUGCGUAAUACAUCUUGCUCAUUCGAUGAAGAUUCACUAAGUCAUCAACCGAUUUGCCAUAUUUGUCUAGUACUCUGCUUUUCAUAUCAACAUAGCUCUCUCGGUGAUCCACCAGUACAAUACAAAUGCUCAGUAGAUACUUAUGUUUAAGUACUAGUAACUUACGAAUACCCUCUGCUUAUAACGUCACGUUGUGCAGAGGGGACAGUUGGGCAGUAUACUUGCUUCUUCAUUAUCAGAUGAACAAAUAACACUGAAGGUGAUUGAAAUUGGCAACAAUCAAACAAACUUCCUGAAUACGUUUAAUUUAUAUGUUUAUAUUUCCAACUCUAAUCAACUUAUGAGCAAUCGAAGCUUUGGAACAGGUCCUUCUCCACUAUACGCGUAAUAGUUUAUUUGUUCGUACGAUAAUUACCUACUAUUAAUUAGUCCUUAAGGCGUUAGUUGUUUAAAGGAUGUAUUUGGUUUUAUGGAAUUGUAGAUUGAACCCUUUAUGUUUAAUUAUCCUGGUCUUCAUAAUUCUGUAUAUAAUCGUUUAGGUUUACACUUAUUCAUUUGUUUAUUAUUAUUACCAUUUAGGAACCGAAUUUUAGUCUACUAAAUAACCCAGCUAGAGUAAUGCGUUCACAACAAAGAUACGUGACCCUUCCUGAAUCAUCUCGUUAUGUAACUUUAAAACCAAUCAGUCAGGGUGGAAUACUGAUGGUGCAAGAUAAGAGUCCUCAAGAUGCAGAAGUUCUAGUUGAAAAUGUACUUGGACAUGGCCCUACCUUAGAACGAUCAGGAGUCGGUGGAGGAACUGGGUCAUCUAGUGGUACAAGUAGCUCUGAUCUUGCUGCUGCAUUAGGCUCUGGAUCUAAUUCUAAAACAGAGCUUAUUCAUGCAUCAACCAUUGGAGCUUAUCUUGACGAGGAUGAUGAUGACGAUGAUGAGGAAGAUGAAGAUGACGAUGAAGAUUCUUCUAGUGAUAUGCAUGAAGAAGAUGAAGAUGAUGAUGAAGAAGAGUUUGAUGUAGCUGCAGCCACUGUUUCGACUGUUGAAAUCGAAGAGUCUGACGAUCACACUUCUAAAGGAGAUAUAGAAAUGAGUGAGAGUAGUGCAGAGGUGAGACGCGACAAAAGUCGUGGAACUACUUCAAGUCGUCGUGGCAGCAAAUCAUAUGUAUCAAGCUCUGAACCAAAUCCACCAGAACCGUUUCUAUACAUAGAAGAAGGUACAACAUCGCAAACAACAACAUCUAGCAUUGCUGGCAGCAGUAGUACAAGUAAUAAAUCAGACUCCACUGUAGCUACAGACACCUCUUCUACUAAUGCUAAACAGUCACCUCCAACUUCGUCCUCCGAACCAAUGGAUGUUAUAAUGGAAACUGAUAAAGAAGCAGAAAAGAAAUCAGAUUCUGAAUUGGAUAGCAAGUCAAAAGACAAUAAUGACAAAUAAAUCGAUAAUAGUUUGGUUUCAGCUUUAUGUUCAGUGCCAUGCAAACUCUUUUUCUUUGUUUUGUUACAUUCUUUGGUAUUACACUUCUGUACGCAUGGAAAAUUCGAAUGUAUUUUUCUUUACUUGUUCAUUUUUGACUCACUGAAUGUGUCUAUUUUUUGUCUGAAAACUGAUGUAUAAAUGUAUCAGUUUUGUUUCUUCCGAUGAGAAAGAUAUAUAUACCGACGUUUCAAAAGUGUUAACUUAAUCUGUAUAGAAGCUUGAAAAUAAGUUUUGUCUUCUUG